AUGACAAUGAUACGAAAGGGUGGUAAGAAAACCGUAUCACCAGAAGGCAAUGAUAACACCGAUUCCGACAUGCGGAAAUGGCUUAAAGAAGCUGAAGAUGCAGAAAACCUCAUGGAUCAAGUCGAAUCCAGAACCGGUAACUUGAUGGCCAAGGUGGAUGCUCUCCUUGCUGAAAUGACCGACAUUCAGCACGAGAAAGAAAAGGAAUUGACCGACCAAAAACAACAAGACGGCCAUCAUCAGUCUUCUCCUCCCAGUAGCGACAAGCAAGACCAGUAA